GUCGGCGGAGAGAGAGAGAUUGCAGAGCAGCAGAGCUUCGGAGGCUUCAGCCAUGUUAGUUUUGUGUUGUGCGGGCCAGCGAUGAGAAGGAGCCACCAUGGCCUUUUCACUAAGCGGAGACGAGGAGGAUUAUGAGUCAGAUGCCGAACAGCAACGGGCGGCCAAUCGCCCGAAGCCCAAGGUGGGAACGUCGGCGGCCAUCAAGCUGCCGUCCAACCGCAACUCUUCGGGAGCGCGGCGCCGGCGGACGCGAUGCAGGAAGUGCGAGGCGUGCCUGCGUACAGAGUGUGGCGAGUGCCACUUCUGCAAGGACAUGAAGAAGUUCGGGGGGCCGGGGCGCAUGAAGCAGUCGUGCAUAAUGCGUCAGUGCAUCGCGCCGGUGCUGCCCCACACGGCGGUGUGUGUGGUGUGCAAAGAGGCGGGGAAGGAGGACACACUGGAGGAAGAGGAGGACAAGUUCAACUUCAUGCUAAUGGAGUGCUCCAUCUGCAACGAGAUCGUCCACCCCAACUGUCUCAAGGUGAGCGACGCUACGGGUGUGGUGAAUGAUGAACUGCCCAACUGUUGGGAAUGCCCCAAGUGCAACCAUGCAGGGAAAACAGGAAAACAAAAAAGAGGCCCAGGAUUCAAGUAUGCCUCCAACCUCCCGGGCUCUCUGCUGCGGGAACAGAGGCCCCAGAAGGAGGAGGGGGGCGAGGUCCUGGUGGCCCAGGCCCCCAAGAAGCGCCCCGACCGGGAGGAGACGCCCAGGUACCGGCCGGAGGAGGUCCUGCACCACCGGCAGCCCCCCAUGCUGUCCCCCAGUGGCCUGAGCCGACCCCGCUUCGAGGAGAAGCUGAGGAAGAAGAGGAAGCUCUUUGACGAGGACGAGUACGAGGACCUGGGCGUCAACAAGAAGGUAGGUCUGGUGUUUCCACGUCAAAAAGCCGGUGACUUUAAGACGCUUCCGGAGGUUGUUGCGUUGGUAACGUUGUCCCUUUGUUUCUCCUCCCCACAGGAAAGGUCGGACGAGCCCUUUUUCCCCAAACUCCUGCAUCAGAUCAAAAGGGAAGAGGAGGACCAGGAGGAGGAGGAGGAAGACUACGACGAAGAAGACAAGGAGCCCCACUACCGCUCGGCGGUGGCGGAGAGACGCGGGCGCCCCGGGGACGAGGCGGACGACAAGGAGCACAAGGCGGACCUGCUGCCCCCGCCCGUCAAGACGCCGGUGGCCGACAGCGAUCAGUCGCUCUGCAGCUCCCCGCAGGCGGGCCCCAGCAGCGAGGGGGGCAGCGAGACGCCUGAGAAGGGCCCGCGGCCCAAAGUGCGGCGCAAGCGGCGGCUGCCCAACAAGGAGCUGAGCCGGGAGCUGAGCAAGGCCCUGAACCAGGAGAUCCAGAAGACGGAGGACUGCCUGGCCAACGAGAACCGCCAGCCCUUCAAGACGGAGCCCGAGAGCGAGAACGAGGAGCCCAAGAAGCCCUUCCGCCACCACGGCGGCGACCUGGGGGACCAGCGGGCCCACCUCCGCGCCAAGGAGAUGAACGGCGGCACGCCCUGGGAGCUGCGCCACUUCUACCCCAGCCCCAUCACGCCGCUGGGCUUCAACCGCAGCACGCCCACCACCCGCCCGCUGCCGCCACACUCACCGCCCAAGUGCGUGCAGAUGGAGCGCCACGUGAUCCGGCCGCCCCCCAUCAGCCCCCCGCCAGACCGGCUGCCCACCAGGGAGGGCCGGACCCACGUGCUGCAGCGGGAGCUGUGGAUGAGGGUGUUUGGUUUCCUCUCGCACAAGGAGCUGUGCGCCUGCAUGCGGGUCUGCAAGACGUGGAACAGAUGGUGCUGCGACAAGCGGCUGUGGACCACCAUGGACCUGAACCGCUGCACGUCCAUCACCCCGCUGAUGCUGAGCGGGGUGAUCCGCCGGCAGCCCGCCUCGCUCGACCUCAGCUGGACCAACAUCUCUAAGAAGCAGCUCAGCUGGCUCAUCAACCGGCUGCCAGGCCUGCGCGUGCUGAAGCUCUGUGGGUGCUCCUGGGUGGCGGUGUCCGCCCUCUGCACCUCCAACUGCCCGCUGCUCCGCAUGCUUGACGUCCAAUGGGUGGAGGGCCUGAAGGACGCCCAGAUGAGGGACCUGCUGUCCCCCCCCACGGACAACCGACCAGGCCAGCUGGACAACCGCUGCAAGCUGCGCAACGUAGUGGAGCUGCGGCUGGCGGGCCUGGACAUCACGGACAGCUCGCUGCGCCUCAUCAGCCGCCAGAUGCCCCAGCUGGCGCGCCUGGACCUUAGCUACUGCAACCACGUCAACGACCAGUCGGUCAACCUGCUGACCGCCGCUGGCACCACCACCCGGGACUCGCUCACCGAGAUCAACCUGUCAGUGUGUAACCGGGUGACGGACCACUCGCUCACCUUCUUCAAGCGCUGCGGCAGCAUCUGCCAGAUCGACCUGCGCUACUGCAAGCAGGUGAGCAGCAUGGCCUGCGAGCGCUUCAUCGCAGAGAUGUCUGUGAGCGUGCCCUUCGGUCUGAAGGAGGAGAGACUGCUGCAGAAGAUCAGCUAGUUCUCCCCGGAUUGCCAACGUGGACACAGACACUGUAUUUGCACUAAGUGGAAGAAAACGAGUUUGGGAUUACUCUCUAUCAUAUCCUGUUUUGCUGAGAUGUGACGCCGAUUGAACUCCUCAAGCGUGUUCAAUUCUGGGGGCUUCAAUCUGUGACGGACUCCUUUUGCGCUGGACAGACACAGGUUGGGGUAGGAGGGUUGGAAGAUGCAUGUUUUUGUGUUUUUAGGGGGAACCCCGUUCUUUUUUAUUUGCUUGUAAUUGAGAGUCUGGCGGCAUUUGUUUUUUGUUUCUUUACAUUUUGGAAAUUAUUUUUAUACAAGUUGUCUUAUGAGUUUAGCCUGUCUUUCUGAAACUUUUUCCUCUCCCGAAUAUAUUAUAAAGCAUGUAUUUGAGCUAAAUAUUGUCCCUUUAUUUUUCACUUAGCCUUGAAAACAACUAUGUCUCUUAUGUUUCUGAAAUUAGUGUUUCUGAAAUUGUGUUUCAGAAAUUAUGAUUGUCAGGACAGGCAAAACACAUGUACAGUAAUGGAUAUCUGAAUAAUUUAUCACAAAUACUUAUUGAAUAUCCAGAAUGUAUUUCCAUAAAUAUACUUAAAGAAAAACUAGAAUAUAUGUCCAUUACUGAGAGGAAUUGUCUUCUCUAAUGACUGUGUUGGGGGGUCAGAUCUGCCUGUAUCUUCAACUUUAACUUAUUGAUUUGUAUUCUGUAUUUAUUGUUUUGUUCAGUGUGUCAUAUUUGAUACAUGUUUCACACAGAAUUGGCUAACAUAUCUGCAAAUACUUGUAUUCUAGUUUGAGCCUAUAUUUAGAUACCAGAUGUGGGGUGUCUACUAUAAAGGAAAGUACUGUUGAAAGUACGCUCUGUGCCCUUUAUAAGACAGUUAGGCCUUGAUUGACUAAACACUCCUGUUGGCCAGGGUCACUAUUUUCAGUGAAACCACAUCCAUGUGAUGCUACCAUACAGAUAAAACAAAAAAACACACGUCAAAAGCACUUUAAGUGCAACAGGUUUUCAUCGGUUUGCUUUUUUAUACAUUUUGUACUAGUUUUUUAUAUUUUGGCCUUUUGUGGGGAUUUGUAUUGUGCUCAAAUAACUCCAGUUACCCCACGUGAAUGUGCUUACCUUGUUUAUAUUUGUAAAUCCAAAACAUCCCUGUUCUGAUAUUUCAUUAAAAUAUGUCACUUGUACCAGUGUUGAAUACUUAAUUCAGAUACGAUCAGUAAUGUAUUCGCACUGGCCUUUCCCUUAAAAAAAUGCAAUGCAAUAAUGUUUAUUAAAAUCUUUAAUUACCAAAAUAAAAAGUUGUAACAUUCCCAAAUACAAAUACCGGCUGUUGUACAGAGUCUGAAGGAAAGGGCGACAUGCUCAGCCACUGUCACCGACCACAUGACACGCCUUCAGACAGCACCAUGGAUUAGACUGAAGACUGCAUUUAACAAGGAGGGGAGAAAACACGCCCAUAUUGGUUCACCUGGGGAGGUAGGUGUGUGUGCUAAAUAUUUUUAAUCCUUUUCCCCACGUGGCAAACCCAACAGUGCCAAGUCUUGCUGGUUUUUCCAAGCGUAGGGAACAUUUAGAGCGAGACUCUCAAACACAAAGUUAAUCUGAUAUUACACAUUUGAAAUCAAAUAGAAAAAAUAUAUCUGUACAUCUCAGUGAUAUGGUUUUGUAUAACUGUACCGCAAGUCACUUUUUUCAUGUAUAGUUAGUACCACAGCUGCCAGUAAACUCAAAGCUAUAUAUAUAUAUAUAUUUAUGUAUAUAUUUUAUACUUUUUACAAUGUGUAAUAAAUGGACAGAAAAACAACAAUGUUACCAAUUCCCUUCACGGUGCAUAAGACAAAACAAAUGGAAGACUACUGAGAAAAAUCUAAUUGACCGUCGUUUUAAAACAGUAAAAGAAAGUGAAUUAGCACUACGGUUGUAUUGUAUGGUUGGGGGAUCAAUGAGGGGCUGAAACGGUGGCCAUAGGGCGACGGCAUAUUGCUCCAUGUGAUGUGUCUUCUGAGGGCAGUGACCUGGAGACAGGGCCACCGAGUGUGGCACACCAUCACUCAAAAGACCUUUAGGCUUUCACUGUUAUGCAGGGAUCACUAAAAAUGAAACCAAGCACAUAAAUAACGCAUCCCUUUACCAUUCCCUCAUCAGAAUAUAUCCCAUAUUGAACA